AUGGCGGCGCUGGGGUCGCUGAGGCCCUGGUGGAGGUUGGCGUUGGGCGGCUGGACGAGCUGGUGUCCCGCUCCGCUGUGCCGAGGACGAGCGCUGCCGAGGCCCCCGCUGGGUCCUGCCUGUGCAGUUGGCCGCCCGCUGCGGUGGGCAUCGUCCUUCUCCCAGCCGGGCCCGACGGAGAGCGACCACAGCGAGGGACAGGUCUUCCUCAGCGAGAGCUGCGUGAAGAGGCUGCUGGAGAUCGCAGAAGGCUCAGAGUUUCUCAGGCUGCAGGUGGAAGGAGGUGGCUGCUCUGGAUUCCAGUACAAGUUUUCCUUGGACACAGUUAUCAAUCCUGAUGACAGGGUGUUUGAACAAGGUGGUGCCCGUGUGGUCGUGGAUGUGGACAGCCUGGCCUUCGUGAAAGGUUCCAUGGUGGACUUCAGCCAGGAGCUGAUUCGCAGCUCCUUCCAGGUGGUGAGCAACCCCCAGGCAGAAAAGGGUUGCUCAUGUGGGACUUCCUUCUCUGUCAAAUUCUGACUGGACUUCCCAUGGAUAGGCACUGUCUGCAGACACUUCCUGGCAGUCUUCAGAGGGUUUUUGCUUGUUCUUUUCCCAGCUGCCGCCUCUCGUCUCCCUUACCUUGUAA